AUGGAACAUUUUUAUGUACGGAAAAUAGAUACCUUCACACAAGCGCAAGACCGAUGGUUGAGAAAUUGGUAUAUUGAAAAGAAGAACCCAAAUAGAGACGAUCUUGAAUAUUAUGCGUCCCAGUUGGAUGUACCAACAGAACAAAUUGCUUCAUGGUUUCAAUACCAAAAUCAGAAGCCUGAUGAAAAAAAACAAAAUCAGAUAAUGCGAUGUAUUGAGUCUCUUCCGACACCAAGAGAGUGGAAAUCGUCUCCCAAAGCAGUGAAUCAGAAUAAGGCUAGAGAUAAGAGACGGCAGGCAAAACCAAAAAGCACUUUGAUUUCUCAGCAGUCAGCCUAUGAGAGGAUUACGGCGUAUGCAAAAUCGAGAGCAGCGGGUGAGUGUCUGGAACUUGAUACUUUCGCAGUUGAACGGACCAUGUCAAUGUAA